GUCUCGGCAGCCACCAGCCCGCUCUCCGCUCCUGUCCACGCGACCACGCGCCACCCCACCAACCGGCGCAGCGCUCUGCCGGCUGCCGCUCUCCAACUCCGAACCCCACGGCGAAAACGCAGUAAAAUAAGCGAAAAGCGCUGCCACCCCUGGGCCACGGCACACACCGGACGACGCGCAGUGGCUGCGUGCCGUUGGGGGCUGGUGGAGACUUCACGUCUCCGCCUCCCGCCGGGCUUACUCGCCGGCGCCCACCCUCGAGUCGACACGCGCGCACAUAAACAAGUCAAAACAGAAGUCAACCCGCCCCUCCGCCACCUCGCCGUCGUGCCGUACUGUCGUGUAUCCUAGCCCCGCGCCUCCUUCCUAUAUAGAGAGAGCGAGCCGCGCGAGGUCUCUGCAGCCAGAAACAGAGCUGGGCGCACGGAGAGACCAGGUUCCAAGCGAAGGCAGUGCAGGCAGGACGAGUGGAGCUAGCGUGACCUUGCGUUGCCUUCGCCGCUUUGCUUGUGUCGAGAGGAGAAGCAGAGCAGCGGGACACGAGCAGCGGGUUGGAGGUUGACAAUGGCUGAUCACCAGAGGAUCCACCCAGCGGACCUGGAGGCCGGCAACCGGCCGCUGAUGCCGGGAGGCUCGUUCCGGUCGGACAAGGGCGACCCGGCGCAGCGCGCGAAGCAGCAGCAACAACAAGGCUACGUUCCCGGGGCCCUGCCUCCGCCGCCGCGCCGCGUCGCGCCACCGGCGCCGCUGCCGCCGCCGAAGCGGCGGGGCCGGGGCUGCUGCUGCCGGCUCCUCUGCUGCGCCGUGAUCAGCGCGGCAGUGCUGGCGGUGCUCGCCGCGGCGGCGGCGGGCGCGCUGUACCUGGCGCUGGACCCCAAGGCGCCGCGGUACUCGGUGGACCGCCUCUCCGUGUCGGCGUUCCAGGUCGACCCGGCGACGCUGGCGGCGCGGGCCCGGUUCGACGUGGCGGUGGCGGCGACGAACCCCAACUCGCGCAUCGGCAUCCACUACGAGCGCGGGUCCAGCCUGGGCGUGUGGUACCAGUCGUACCGCCUGGCGCGGGGCGCGCUGCCGGCCUUCUACCAGGGCCACCGGAACACGACGGUGCUGGCGCUGGCCAUGGCCGGCGAGGCGCAGCUGGGCAGCGCCGCCGUCGUGUCGGGGAUGCAGGACGCGCAGCGGACGGGCGCCGUGCCGCUCGUGUUCCGCGCCGACGUGCCCGUGCGCGUCCAGCUCGGCACCUUCAAGCUCUGGAAGGUCACGGCCAGGGUGCGCUGCGACCUCGUCGUGGACAGGCUCAUGGACGUCACCAGUCUCAUCAAGAUCAAGGCCGGCAACUGCAAGUUCAGCUUGAAGCUCUGAUUCAUUGGGUUUUCAGUUUUCUGUUCUCUCUUUUGGAGCGAGUUCAGAGUCGUUGCGUUGGAUUCUCUUGGCAGAGUGCUGGCCGUGCACAGGUGCAUACGUGCAGUGCAGUGCACUCCCGCCAACCUCGUUGGCGUUCAUCUGGGCCGACGUGUACAGGUGGUAGUAUAUAAUUGUUGUUAGAGAGGGACAAUACGCAUGGCUAGAAUUUUAUAA